GAGAGAGCAGCGAGCGGGGGAGAAAGCGGAGGAGGAACGAGGGAUGACAGAGAGGGCGAGCGAUAAACAGCCUCUCUGCUUCUCUUUUUCUUUUUUCCUGUUUUCGUUUCAUUUCUCUUCAUCUGACAAAGGAUUCUUGUCGUUUAUCGCCUCCCCCUCUCUCUCUCUCUCUGUGUGUGGAUGAAGGAGUGAUGAAGGAGUGAUGAAGGAGUGAUGAACGAGCGAUGAACGAGGGAUGAACGAGGGAUGACAGAGGGAUGCUCGGAGCCGUCAGUCAUGUCUCUCCGCUAACGAGCCUAACGAGGUGCUGAGAGAAACCUCUCUCUCUCUCCGUUUCUCCUUCUUUCUGUUUGAAUUAUUCAUCCAUCACUCCAUCCGUCUUUAUGUAAGAGAGAGAGAGACAGGCAGAGAGAGAGAGACAGACAGGCAGGUAGGGGAGACAGGGAGGGAUGUUUGUGUCCGUGUGGUACGCAAAGAAGAUGGGACGACGAUUCAUCAACAACGUGAGACGAGCAAAGAGACACAGGCAGAGAAUGAUGAUGAACGGAUCAGAAGGAGAGCUGGAGUACGAAGAGAUCACUCUGGAGAGGGGUAACUCUGGUCUGGGCUUCAGCAUCGCAGGAGGGACUGAUAAUCCUCACAUCGGAGACGACCCGUCCAUCUUCAUCACCAAGAUCAUUCCUGGAGGAGCUGCUGCCCAGGACGGACGCCUCAGGGUGAACGACAGCAUUGUGUUCGUUAACGACGUGGACGUACGUGAGGUCACUCACUCCCUCGCCGUGGAGGCGCUGAAGGAGGCGGGGCCUGUCGUCAGGCUGUAUGUGCUGCGGAGACGCCCGCCCAGCGAACGCGUCACACAGAUAAAACUCAUGAAGGGACCCAAAGGUGUAGUUCAGUGUAACGUGACCUUUGACCCCCAGCAGGUGUAG